AUGUUUUUCAUUCGACAACGGCGGCGGGAGUCCGCGUUGAGCUUCUCGCGGGUGCAUUCGUCGGGAGUCGUUGCCGAUUCUCGAGCCGCCGUCGUGUUGUGCUAUCUGAGUCUCUGUGCCGAUAUCAAGCGUGCUGAAAUGUCGCAGUACGGUAGCGCUGCCAAUUUGAGUAGUUUCCGUGAAAGGACAAACAGCCCAUCAUACGCCUCCCUCGGAAAACAUAGGGACGAGUAUAAUCGUUUCGAAACCGCUCGGCAUGCUGCUGCUCAUAGUCAACGCAGCAGUCAGGAUCGGGAAGAAGUCCGAUUCGGAGGAUUCGGCGAUCGGCCGGGAAGCGGCGUCGAAUUGAGCACAUUCACCUGGAAUGGAGGUGAGAUUAUCACCGAUCCAGCUCAGCUUCCAAAGCCAAUCAAGCCAAGAACCAUGUUCUAUUCGCCAAUUGGAGAUGGUACUGUCGCCGCCGACGGUUAUGAAUUGAAAAGACGUCCUGUUGAUUUAUCACCGCGCGUCACCGUUACUCAAUUGCAACACAUUGAGCGUGGAAGCAAAGGGCAUGAUGGUGUGAACAUCAUCGAAAAGAAUUGGAGCGUUGGCGGUUCGGUUCCACCAAGCGAAGCUGGUUUCGGCAGCGAGUACGGUCCAGGAAGCGGACGAAACUCGCGCGCUGGAGGUGGUGCCCUCAGCCCUGAUCCAUUUCCGCCAAAGCCGGCAACAAACGGAAAAUUCGAUUUUGGCAAUUAUCCGCCGAAACCAGAUCCAUAUGCAGCUCGUCCGAACAGCGGACUCGGUGGACCAGGCCAUGGCGGCCUUGGUGAUAAUGGACCAUUUGGUGGAUCGCAAUCGAAUCUUGGACCACAUGGACCAAGAGAUGGGCAAAACAGCGUGGCCUCGUCCGUUUUCUCCGAUCCGGCUUACCGAUUGGACACCAAGACCGGAUAUCUUAUCACAAAUCCUCGUGAGCUUAUCCACCAAUUUGCGACAAUGACACCUGUGGCUACUAUUGAUGAUAGUAUUAACAAUACACCGGCAACCGCUACCGUCCAGAAGCAAAGCUAUUAUAAGAGAACUGAAGAAACCACUGAAGAACAUUAUGCUCCACAUGCGCCAUAUAAGGCACCACAUGCUGUUCCAUCGCCAAACAAAUUUGUGCGCCAAUUGAGAGAUGAAACCAUGACCCAUUCCCAGAAAGAAGCAAACACUCAUGUCGAACCAGUGAAUCAAAGAGACCCACACUAUCAGCAAAGAGUUCAGGAAAUUCGAACCAAGUCCACAUAUUCACGAGGUGGAGAUGAAAUCGAUCAACUUACACAACAACUCGUCAGCGGAUUACACACCGGAAAAUCAAGAUACAACUAA